AGUCCUAUAUUUUUUAAAUUAGCGAAAUCUUCGUGUUCGUAUUUGUGUCUGUAUCCAAAUUUGAGUUGAGUGUGAGUCCGAGUCCGGCACUGAUAGUACUCCAACACAUUUCAUUGUCCACUACUAUUUUUUCUCAUAGCUUAGCCUCAGUGAAAUGGAGAAAAACCCAUAACCCAAACCCCAACGACACAACAAUGAAGACGAAGCGCGAUGACGAUUGUUUCGAUUACCUUCAUUUUUCCCCUCCAAAAAAAUCAAGCAAACUGGAUUAUUAUGAGAUGACGACUAUGGAGAUGGAGGAAGAUACUCCUGCAAAUGUAGUGCCACCGUUAAAGCAAUCUGACGAAGACAAAUCACUGGUGCUAUAUCAUCAUCAUCCCUCCAAUUCAAAUAUUCCUCUUCUCAAGUCCCCUACAUCCCCUCCUUUAACCAUUGCUGUUGCUACUCACUUGAUUCCGGGUUUAAAGGAUUAUUUGUUGUCACGGGGAACUGUAAAGCUAGAGGAACUUGGCGAAGAUGAAACGAGGAGGGAGAAGACAUCAAAAGACUGUUUGGCUGUUAUCCCAUGGGUUCCUAAUCCUCUGGCACGCAAAGAAAUAGUACCAGAGACAUGUCAAACGUUCGAGGCAGAAGAUAGUGAAAUGAUGGACAUGGAUGAUCCACAUGCAAAUAACAACAAUCGGGAGGUGGAGGCAUGUGGGGUAUCAUUGCCAUGGCAACAACAACAAUGUAUGAUGCCCAAUAUGUUGCAACCUUCAUUUGGCACGUAUUUACGGUAAGCCAGUAACCUCUCAAAGUGACUUUGUGUACAUAGUAGUAGAGCACCUUUUGGAGAACAACUGAACUAAGUGCUAAAGUUUGAUAGUAGUAAAGGUUUAUAUCUGUUGCAACCUCAGUUUGUUACCUAACCUCUCUAGUGGCUUUGUGUAUAUAGUGGUAGCAUCUUUUGGAGAAAAACUGAACUAAGUGCUCAAGUUUCAUAGUAGUAAAUGUAUAUGUUUGUUGCAGGAGUGAGUCUAAUAUCAACGUCUGUUCCUGAUUA